UUUCUCUUCUCUGUAUCCUGCUCGGCAUCAGAGGACUCUGAACUCUCAAGCCUGUACAAUGGCCUUCCCAGCCCGAUCACGCCCGUGCACCAUCCCAGAGAAUGAAGAAAUUCCCCGGACAGUCCUUAACUGUGUCGUCGAGGCUAAUGGGAAUGAAGAUGAGAGGGCUGUGUCCAAGCUGCAGCGCAGGCACAGUGAUGUAAAAGUCUACAAGGAAUUUUGUGAUUUUUAUGCAAAAUUCAACAUGGCCAAUGCCUUGGCCAGUGCCACGUGUGAGCGCUGCAAGGGAGGCUUUGCACCUGCUGAGAAGAUUGUGAACAGUAAUGGUGAGCUGUACCAUGAGCAGUGCUUUGUGUGUGCCCAGUGCUUUCAGCAGUUCCCAGAAGGACUCUUCUAUGAGUUUGAAGGAAGGAAGUACUGUGAGCAUGAUUUCCAGAUGCUCUUUGCUCCCUGCUGCCACCAGUGUGGUGAAUUCAUCAUUGGUCGGGUUAUUAAAGCCAUGAACAACAGCUGGCAUCCUGAGUGCUUUCGAUGUGACCUCUGCCAGGAAGUGCUGGCAGACAUAGGGUUUGUCAAGAAUGCUGGCAGACACCUGUGUCGUCCAUGCCAUAACCGUGAAAAGGCCAGAGGCCUUGGAAAAUACAUUUGCCAGAAAUGUCAUGCCAUCAUUGAUGAACAACCUCUGAUCUUCAAGAAUGACCCUUACCAUCCAGACCACUUCAACUGUGCCAACUGCGGGAAGGAGCUGACUGCUGAUGCCCGGGAGCUGAAAGGAGAGCUGUACUGUCUGCCAUGUCAUGAUAAGAUGGGGGUCCCUAUCUGUGGCGCCUGUCGGAGGCCCAUUGAAGGGCGAGUAGUGAAUGCCAUGGGCAAGCAAUGGCAUGUGGAGCAUUUUGUUUGUGCCAAAUGUGAAAAGCCAUUUCUUGGACAUCGCCAUUAUGAGAGGAAGGGCUUGGCCUAUUGCGAAACUCACUAUAAUCAGCUAUUUGGUGAUGUUUGUUUCCACUGCAACCGCGUCAUAGAAGGUGAUGUGGUCUCUGCGCUCAACAAGGCCUGGUGUGUGAGCUGCUUUGCCUGUUCCACCUGCAAUACCAAACUGACGCUCAAGGAUAAGUUUGUUGAAAUUGAUCUAAAGCCAGUCUGCAAAUACUGUUAUGAGAAAAUGCCAGAAGAGUUUAAGAGGCGACUUGCCAAACGGGAGAGAGAAGCAAAGGAUAAGGACAAGCAGAGAAAGAGAAAGCCAGUGUGUCUGUAAACGUUCUGUCCCUUCUACGUCAUUCUCAUUGCUUCUCCUGUGGAAUAAAUUUGUGGAGUUUGACAUGAAACCAGUCUGCAAGAAGUGCUAUGAGAAAUUUCCACUGGAGCUGAAGAAAAGACUUAAGAAACUAGCUGAGACCUUAGGAAGGAAGUAACUUCUGGUUUAACCAAUAUUACUUAGCUUGAUCCACCCUUACCUAAAGAUGCAUCAAAGCAUUAGAGAGAUUUUUUUUUUCAUUUUCCUUUUCUGAUUUAAAAAGAAAAAAAUGUUUAUUCCCAUGUAAAACACAGAUGAAAUCAGGACUUUAGCCUUAGCAGUCUGUGGACAUUAAAUGCUAUAUAGCGGGAUAAAAAAAGAAAAAGAAAAAAGAAAACAUGUUAAAGGAUAAUUUUAAUUAAUCCCUGUCCUCCAAAUAAAUUUAACUCUUCAAAAUUAAAGCACUGUGCUCCACGAGCCAAGGCUGGGCCCGUGUGGAGAGAGCUCCCUCCCACGAGCUGUCCUCUCACCUCCACAGUCACCCGAGUGCCAGGCCAGCCGUGCCGAGCCUUGUUUCCAGGAACGAAAAGUGGCUGUGCACGUCAUGGUCCCUGUGUGCUAGUGCCUGUGCUUCAUACAUAAUCUGACUUGCCUCGCCUUAGAAAACUGCAUCCCCUAAUCAGGAACGCCAGAUGUUUCAUAUAAUACCAAAUAAAAAUAAAUACUUUGACUAAGAUUUAUAAAGAGUCAGCUUUUACAUGGCUCAGAUUUUAAAAGACUCCAAACUUUGCUUUCUCAAAAAAAAAAAAAAA